AUGGUUAUCGAGGCUUUGACAGACUGGAAAACUUGGGUCAUGGUGGUGUUUGUAUUGUCCAUCAAUAUCAGCAAUGGUGCCUUGGUGACAUUUGCAGCACAAAUUGUCUCAGGUUUAGGUUACUCACCGAUCAGAACUACCUUGCUUGGAAUGCCCACUGGAGUGUUUAUGACAUUAAGCAGUUGGCUCAUUGCCUUGCCUGGUCUCUACUUCCCCAAGAAAUUCCGUACCAUAUGUGCUGGUACCAUCUGCUUAUGUCCUUUGAUUUGCUGUGCAUUGAUGAUGACUCUCCACAACAAACAUGGUUUGCUCGUUGCUUACUAUUUCUUUUACUUCUACUGGGGUCCUUACGUAUGUAUGACGUCGUUGUCCAUGGCCAACACCUCGGGCCAUACAAAAAAGACUAUCGUCAAUACGGUGAAUUUUGUGUCUUAUUGUGUGUCCAACAUCAUUGCUCCACAAUUCUUUCUCGCCAAACAGGCACCUCAUUACCUUACUGGUUAUCAUGCUAUUUUAGGCUUUACCUCCGCAGCUUGUCUUUCAAUUUUGGCUUAUGGUGCUGGAUGCUAUAUGGAAAAUGCUAGGAGAGACAAGCUCUACGGACCACCAUCAUUGGAUUUUGAAGAGGAUGCCAAAAGAUUUGACAGAUAA